CUGAGGUCGACCUUUACAAAGGCGGGGUGGGAUGAAGGCUGUUGGUAGUGAGCGGCUAAGGCCGUUUCUUGUCGUUAGCCUCUCAUUUAUUUUAUUUGCAUCAUUGCUUGUAUAUAUCACUCGUCGGUUACCCUCAAUUCCAGAGGAACAUCGAGGACACUUUAAAUUUCCUCACAAUGUUGACGAGUUAAAAAAUAUUGGUCAAGUCCUGUCAGAAUACCAAGACAAUUAUUACUGGCAAAUAUUAAUUCUGAUAAGCACCGUUUUCAUAUUCCUUCAGUCAUUCAUGAUACCAGGUUCGGUCGUGUGUGUUGUUCUACUGGGAUAUCUGUUCCCUUUCCCAGUCGCUGUCAUUAUUGUAGCUUUGUGUUCGGCGAUUGGGGCGUCACUGUGCUAUCUUCUCGUUGGCUUUAUCGGUUCCAAAGUACUGAUGUAUUUCAUCCCUGAAAAAAUUGAAUUAUGUCGUCAAACAAUUCAACGGUAUCGACAUGCAAUGUUUUUUUGUAUAUGCUGUUUGCGAAUCUGUCCUUUCAUCCCAAAUUGGCUUGUGAAUAUUUCUUCUCCAAUAAUCGAUAUCCCACUGGUUCAUUUCUUCUUUGGAACAUUUGUAGGCGUAGUUCCAUUAUCAUUGGUUUUCAUUAAAGCAGGAACUGUGCUUCAAGAACUCACAGAUUUAGGCGUUACUUCUUUAGCUUCAUUUUCAACACUGAUUAUUUUAGCUGGUUUAUCACUUCUACCUUUAGUCUUUCGUAAUCAACUCCGUGAAGCAUUUUUAUAGUCGACUUUAUGUUCUCUCACUCUUGUUAUGUUGAUUGAUUUUGUGUUCAUCACACAUUAACUGGAUUAGCUAAAGUAUCUAGAAGUGACCACAUUGUACAUAUUUUUUGGUGGAUGUUUUAAAAUAUUUCUGAUCUAUUUUAACAGUGUUUAAUUGGAUCCUGUGAUGAUAAAAGCAAUAUUGCGAAAUUCUUCAUCUUUCGAUUCUAUUUCUGUGAUCUACCAACUAUUAACACCACACUUGGUUCUUAUUCACGCUAUUUUUCCUAUUACCUAUUAUCUUUCAGUGAUUGGCUGUAUACAGCUUGUUAUCAGAUUGUUUCUUUUGUUAUUUGGGUUUAAAACUCAGUCAUUACAUUUAUGUGCAUGUGCAGUUGAUUAAUUUAUGUUAAUAUAUAUUUACUGUUACAGAA